AAUUGCGUGACGAUUUUUAUGUCAUGUCGUUUUCGGUUUUUCAAUAAUAAAAUAAUUUUCAACUACGCAAGAAAAAUUUAAAUUUUGUUCGCUAUCAGGUCUCUUCACGUCAGAAAGUGAAAUGAACAAAAUCACAAAUAAGAAAAUUACAAAAAUCUGCUUUCAAGGCCAAAUAAUUUAUUUUUAAUAUUUUGCAAUCAAAUUCUAAUAAAUAAAAAAAAAACAACAACUAGCCAUCAUUGUGCGCCAAAAGUAUUGAGAUCAAAACGUUAACUCUGAAAGCAAAAAUAAACUAAAGCAAAUUGACAGGAUGCAGGAGGUGCAAGUACUGCCGUGGGAGAAGAUCGCUUGGAGUGACGAACAUGUGCAGAUACUCUAUCGCGAUUGGGGGCUUUUCUACACACACAAACAACAAUUGGAUAUUGCAGCGAACUACUACAACAAAUCGCUGGAGCUGAAGGAUGACGAUUCCCGUGCACUUUACUUCCGCAGCCAGUGCAAGCGCAGUAUUGCGCAGACGCAAGGAGCACUGGAGGAUGGUCUGGCAGCAGGAGCUAUUGAACCAAAUAAUGCUCCAAUAAAUCUUGAGAUUUGUGAUGCGCUGUAUGAGCUAAACCAAUUCGAGAAUUGUAAAAUGGAAUUGCAUGACAAUACGCAUGUAUUCUAUGGCAAUAAAGUAGCGGCGUUUGAGAAUCGUUUAGUUGUAGUAAAUGAGAAUUUCAACGAUUCUAUUGGUGAAACUCUUGGUCCGUUCAUAAUGAGAAAUGAGAAGAUUUUCGAAAAGGUUUUGCAUUACUUGGAACGCAGGAAAUACGUUGAUCCACGCCCAUUAUGGAAAAUACUACGUGAGCAGGGCAAAUGUGACGUGCUUAGCAUGCUCGAAAAGGAGGAAGUGCUGCUGUCACCACGUGAGGUCGCUAGGCGGGAACGCGCAUUCAAAGUAUUCAAUCAAAUUUAUUACAACAAAAGUUGGAUUGAUGUACUAUUCCUGAAAGAUCUGCGAGAAAAUCCCCACCUACUGUUGCCGCAGUGCAAAGUUUCCACGCCUUUCUUGCGCCAUCUGGCACAUACCAAAUAUGAAGUGCUAAAGAAAUUUUUGAAAAUGCUUCAAGCACGAAGUCCGCUAUACAAUGAGCAAAUGCGCAAGUGUCCGGAUAAGACAGUUUGGGAGAAGCAUCGUGAGGCACAUCUGAAUCAUAUACAGUACCAGACGCGUCGUAAUAUGCUGACGAUAUUGCGCACAAUUCGUCAAAUGAGAGCCAAGGGAAAAAUUGAUAAACUCAGUAAAUAUGUCGAAGAAGUUAUGGGCGAUUAUGUGGUAUUGAAGACACAUCGUGUUAUGCCAUGGAAGUUCGAGUUCCUCAAUGAAGUCUACAAUACUUUAGCGCUGGCUUACAUCGAUCGCUACAUUGAACGGAUUAACUCACAGCCAGUCCAUUUCAACAAGAACCGUUUGUUACAUUUGUUGCGCAUUCCAACCGACAAGAACAAGGAUCGUGCAGUUUCGUUUGUUUUCGGAGAUAAAUCCACUUAUCAAGAACCGGAUGCCACUGAUUAUACGAUGAUUGCUUAUAAAAAAUAUUUGGCACGCUUGGAGAAACGCAUACACUUCUCCAAAUAUUCGAUUGAGAAGUGUUAUUUGCUGCAUGAAAUCGCCCGCAGCCAUUUGAAACAGAACCGAGUCGACGAGUGUAGUUCGGUGGGGCGUAAAGCUGUUGAAGAAACGAAAAAUUGCAACAGCAACGUUUGGCGCUUCCUCAGCACAUUAUUAAUUUGCAAAGCUCAAGCAGUGCUCCAUAAAGUGGAACGUACCAAGGAAAUACUCGACGAGGCUUAUGCUGUGGCAAAAAUCUUGAAUAGUCCUGAUUUGAUUUAUUUUGUGGACAGUUGCCGACAAAUGAAUGAUGCGGAAAUAUCGAUGAAAAAGCGCACUCAAUCAAUGGAAUCGGUGCGCAGGCGUAGAAGCAAAGCAUCGCUUGAGAGCCGUCUUUCACAAGUAUCCCAGCCAAGUGAUGGAACGGAUGAGAGUACGCAGCAACAAGUACAAGAAUGAGGCUUUGUUGUUAUAAAAUUUUAUGAAAAAAAAAAUU